GUUGUGGCAGCAGUAGCAAAAGUCUCCAGAGUCAACAUGGUGCUGCGUCGCAUCUUUCCGAAUAUGUACCAAGGGCCCGACUCCGGGCACGUCGAGUCGCGCAAGGCUUCGCUCUACCUGCUGCGCUGCAUUUUCCUGAUGGGCAUCAGGACGCCGCCGAAGCGGUUCUUCUUCGUCUACAUCCUGUGGUCCUGUGCGCUGAACCUGAGCUCCACCUUCUACCAGCCCAUUGGCUUUGUGCUCGGCUACAUUUCGCACAUUUCCGAGUUUACGCCCAGCCAGCUGCUCACCUCGCUGCAGGUGGCCUUCAAUGCCUGGUCCUGCUCGACUAAGGUGAUUAUUGUCUGGAUACUGAUCAAGCGGCUCGACCGGGCCAACGAAAUGCUCGACGAGCUGGACAAAGUCGUGCGGCUGCCCAGCGAUCGGGAGCGAGUGCAUCGAACUGUCGUCAUGAGCAACAGGAUCUUCUUCUGCUACAUGAGCCUCUAUCUGAUGUACGCCUCGAGCACGGCAUUUUUCGCCGCCCUGAUGGGCGUGCCCUCGUUCCAGAACUACUAUCCGGUGCUCGACUGGCGCGCCAGCCGCUUUCAGUUCUGGCUGCAGUCGGGCCUCGAGUACUUCGCCAUGCUGGGCGCCUGCUUCCAGGAUGUCUGCGUCGACUGCUACCCCGUCAACUAUAUCCUGCCCCUGCGUGCCCACAUGGCCAUCUUCGCGGAGCGACUGCGCCAGCUGGGCAGCGAUCCCGAGGAGAAGCCGCAGCAGCGCAUCGAUAAGCUCGUCGAGUGCAUCAGGCAUCACAAGCUCUUGCUAAGCUACUGCGACAAUCUGCGUCCGCUGGUGGGCGGCACCAUUUUCGUCCAGCUCAUGGUCGUGGGGCUGGUCAUGGGCUUCACGCUCAUCAAUAUUGCGAUAUUCGCCAACUUCGGCUCGCGCAUCGCCGCCAUAUCCUUCAUGUGCUGCAUCGUGCUGGAGACCACGCCCUUCUGCACGCUGUGCAACUACCUGGCCGACGACUGCCAGACGCUGGCCGAUGCCCUCUUCGAGUCCAACUGGAUCGAGCAGGAUAGGCGCUACAAGAAAAUCGUCCUACAAUUCCUGCAAACUCUGCAGAAGCCGGUCAUCUUUCUGGCCGGCAAUUUCUUCAGCAUUUCGGUGGCCACGAAUCUGGCUGCCACCAAAUUCUCAUUCUCUGUUUUCACGCUGGUCAAGCAAAUGAAUAUAGCCGAGAAGUUGGCCAAGACAACCAGCAAUCAAUACGAGGAGGCAGUGGACAUAUAAAAACAAAACAAUUUUCAUUUGGUAUUUUAUGAUACACAUAAACCAAAUUGGAUCAAUAACUGAUGUGUUUAUGAAAUUUGAUGUGCACUGUGCUAAUUUGAUUAAGUAUUUACAAACAUUAGGCAGACUAAGGCAACAUAAAUGUUUUUAUUUAUCAACACUGGCAAUUAGUCAAUGGCU